GUGCGUUUUGACACAACUGAUUUGUGUUUAUAUAUAUCCGUAGUGAAGUUGUUGAUAUACAAAUUGGUUUUGCAUUAUUUAAACGUUUAACUUGUAAACUGUGUAAAUUUAUUUCCACAAAAGAAAUCAUAAAAAUUCAACAACAUGGGCCGCGCUGAAGUUGGUACGCCAAAGUACCUUGCCAACAAAAUGAAGGCGAAGGGUCUGCAGAAGCUCCGCUGGUACUGCCAAAUGUGUGAGAAACAGUGUCGUGAUGAAAAUGGUUUCAAAUGCCACACAAUGAGUGAAUCACAUCAACGGCAAUUGUUGCUGUUCGCCGAUUCACCGGGAAAAUUCUUAUUCAGCUUCUCGAAGGAAUUUUCUGACGGCUACAUGGAGCUGUUGCGACGACGUUUCGGCACGAAGCGCGUCAAUGCAAAUAAAGUGUAUCAGGAGUACAUUUCCGUUAAAGAUCAUAUACAUAUGAACGCAACACGUUGGUUGACGCUGUCAGAUUAUGUUAAAUGGUUAGGACGUUCUGGACAAGUGAUAGCAGAUGAAACCGAGAAGGGUUGGUAUGUGACCUACAUUGAUCGCAGUCCCGAAGCAAUGGAGCGGCAAGCAAAGGCGGAAAAGAAAGAGAAAAUGGAGAAGGAUGAUGAGGAACGUAUGAUGGAAUUUAUUGAAAAACAAAUCGAAAAGACGAAAAGUAAAGAUGGCGCACAAGAGGAUGAAACAGAAAAAUACACCGAACUGCGGCGAGAAGAAGAGCAACCGCUGAAAUUGGAUAUGAAAUUGGAGAAGAAAUUUAAUCCAGAUACAAAAUUAGGACCAUCCGCAUUAGUACUAAAACGACCGAAAAUUGAAAAUCGUAAUGAUAAUGAUUCAGAAGGCGAGGAAUCAGAUGAAGUGGAAGAGAAAGUGUUCAAAAAACCUAAAAUACCUAAGUUGGACAAGCGGAAAGAUAGUAGCAAAGAGGGCAGUAAAUCGGCAUUAGAUGAACUAAUUAAAGAGGAGGAAGCGAAGAAGGAACGCGCCAAUCGCAAGGAUUAUUGGUUACACAACGGUAUUGUGGUCAAAUUCGUUAACAAGGCGAUGGGUGAAAAAUUCUAUAAACAAAAAGCUGUGGUACAAGAAGUCAUUGACAAAUAUCGUGCGAAAAUCAAAUUCUUAGAUACGGGUGAUAAGCUGAAAGUUGAUCAGGCACAUUUGGAAACCGUUAUACCCGCGCUAGACAAACCGAUAUUGGUUGUAAAUGGUGCAUAUCGCGGCUGUGAAGCUAUAUUAAAACGUUUAGAUGAGCGUAAUUACUGUGUUAGCAUAGAGAUAUCACGCGGGCCACUCAAAGGACGAAUUGUGGAUAAAGUACAAUAUGAAGAUAUAUCAAAAAUAUAUUAAGUGUUAAUAAUAACAAUGAUGUUUAAUUAAAAAAUUAAGUGAAGUAAGCUAAGUGAGCAACUUUCCAACUCACAAAAUAGCGAUUUGAAAUAUUUUAUACAUUUAUAACAAUAAAAAAAAACUUACAAAUUGAAAA